CGAGGAAAUGGAAUUUUGGAAACAACCUGGCAAUAAAAAAUUAGUGACAUCUGUCAUAUCACAACGUGUUAUGUUGUAAAUGUUGUAUUGUCCGAAGGCGAAGUGGAACCGUAAUCCGGUACUUGCGUAAGGAAAAAAUAAAACUUACAAGAUGCCGCGUAAUCGAGCUGCAGAGGAAACUGAUAAGUUAAUUCGUAUUGCCAUCGUGAAUUCUGAUAAAUGUAAACCCAAACGAUGCCGACAAGAAUGCAAAAAGUAUUGUCCCGUUGUCAGGAUGGGGAAAUUAUGUAUUGAAGUGUCUCCAACUGUAAAAAUAGCUGCGAUUUCAGAAGAGUUAUGUAUCGGUUGUGGUAUUUGUGUCAAGAAAUGCCCAUUUGAAGCUAUUACCAUAAUUAAUCUACCUAGUAAUUUAGAAAAGGAUACUACUCAUCGGUACUCGAAGAAUUCUUUCAAAUUACACAGAUUACCUAUUCCUAGACCAGGAGAAGUACUGGGACUUGUAGGUACCAACGGUAUAGGUAAAUCUACGGCGUUGAAAAUUUUAGCUGGUAAACAGAAACCUAAUCUAGGACGUUUUACUAAUCCUCCUGAUUGGACCGAAAUAUUGAAUCAUUUUCGAGGAUCCGAGUUACAAAAUUAUUUCACCAAAAUAUUAGAAGAUGAUUUGAAGGCUUUGAUAAAACCGCAAUACGUCGAUCAAAUUCCCAAAGCUGUAAAAGGCACUGUGAGACAAUUAUUAGAAAAGAAAAACGAAAAAGAUAAUGUUGCUGAUAUAUGUCGAAUGUUAGAGUUAGAAAAAAUUCUAGACCGAUCGAUAGAAGAUCUAUCUGGAGGAGAAUUACAGAGAUUUGCGUGUGCUAUGGUAUGUAUUCAAAAUGGAGAUAUUUUCAUGUUUGAUGAACCCUCAAGUUAUCUGGAUGUUAAACAACGUCUGAAAGCGGCCGUUACUAUUCGUUCUCUUAUUCAAGCUGAUAAAUUCGUUAUUGUUGUGGAACACGAUCUUUCAGUAUUAGAUUAUCUAUCCGAUUUCAUAUGCUGUUUAUAUGGUGUACCUGGCGCAUACGGCGUCGUAACUAUGCCGUUUUCCGUGCGAGAAGGAAUUAAUAUAUUUUUGGAUGGAUUCGUACCAACGGAAAAUUUACGUUUUCGUGAAGAAAGUUUGGUUUUCAAAGUUGCUGAAAGUGCUACUGAAGAAGAAGUCAAACGAAUGACUCAUUACGAAUAUCCCUCUAUGACAAAAACCUUGGCUGAUUUCAAAUUGACUGUUCGUAAGGGACAGUUCACAGAUUCUGAAAUUUUAGUUUUGUUGGGAGAGAAUGGUACCGGAAAAACAACUUUCAUCAAACUUUUAGCAGGAAAUUUACAAGCCGAUGAUGGAUCAGGCGAAUUACCGAGAUUGAAUAUCAGUUAUAAACCGCAAAAAAUCAGUCCCAAAUCUCAAUGUCAAGUUAGGAAUUUACUAGCUGAAAAGAUAAGAGAUGCUUAUCUUCAUCCUCAGUUCAAUACUGAUGUGAUAAAACCACUGAAAAUUGAUGAGAUCAUGGAUCAAGAAAUUCAGAACUUAUCCGGUGGUGAGCUUCAACGAGUGGCGUUGACUUUAUGCCUGGGGAAACCUGCGGAUGUUUAUCUCAUUGAUGAACCUUCCGCGUAUUUAGAUUCUGAACAACGUAUCGUAGCUGCUAAAGUUAUUAAACGAUUCAUUUUACAUGCUAAGAAAACUGGAUUUGUUGUCGAGCACGAUUUUAUCAUGGCUACUUAUCUAGCGGACAGAGUUAUUGUUUUUGAAGGUGAACCUUCGGUGGAAUCUGUGGCUAAUACUCCCCAGACCUUACUAGCUGGUAUGAACAGGUUUUUAGAACUCUUGGGAAUUACUUUCAGAAGAGAUCCGAAUAAUUUCAGACCAAGGAUUAAUAAGUCAAAUUCCGUCAAGGACGUCGAUCAAAAAAGAGCCGGCCAAUAUUUCUUCUUGGAAGAUUAAGUCGAUAACUACACAGUGCGCUAUUUUCGAACGAAACCCUGCAUCGUUUUUAUUUUAAACAUUUUUCCUGCUGGACUCGGACAGUCUUGCAUUCAUUUCAUCAAAUAUUCGUUAAAUUAAACUGAUAACGGUCUUCUUACCGAUGGUGUCCAUUAAUGGCGCUAGUUGAAAAAUUGCCACUAAAUAUGAAGCAAUCGCCAUGGUCAGCUGAAAGCAGUUGAAAUAAAUGUUAUGAAUGAUGAA